CGGCCGGCGGCUCCCAUGGCUCUGAGCAAAGGGCUGCGGCUGCUCUGGAAGCAGGAGCCGGGGCCGAGCGCCCUGCUGGAGGCGCGCAGCCGCCAGGACUGCCUGUUGCUGGAGGCCGGCACCGUGGCGGCGCUCACUCCAGAAGAAAAGGAUGCAAUUAAAGGACAGUAUGAAAAGCUCAUGGAUGCUUAUGGCUGCUUAGGAGAGCUUCAGCUUAAAUGUGGUAACACUCGGCUGCACUUUCUGGUCCUGGUGACAGGCUGUACGUCGGUGGGCAAAAUCCUGGAUGCUGAAGUUUACAAAAUUACUGCAACAGAUUUCUGUCCUCUCCAGGAAGAAACUAAGGAAGAUGAGCGUGUUACUGCCUUGAAGAAAAUACUGAACUCUGGGAUGUUCUUUUUCUCCUGGCCUAAUGCAGGCUCAAACUUUGACCUGACUGUGCGGGCUCAGAAGCAGGGUGAUAACAGCUAUGAAUCUGGUAACUCGUUCUUCUGGAACCAGCUAUUGCAUGUGCCCUUCAAACACUACCAGGUGAACUGCUCCGACUGGCUGCUGAAGGUGGUGUGUGGAGUCGUGGACAUCCGCACUGUUUAUGCUUCCCACAAGAAGGCCAAAGCCUGCCUCAUCUCCCGCAUCAGCUGCGAGCGGGCUGGUGUCCGCUUCCACGUCCGAGGGGUCAAUGAUGAUGGACAUGUGUCUAACUUUGUUGAGACAGAGCAGACAAUUUACUUGGAUGAUGAUGUCUCUUCCUUUGUGCAGAUCAGAGGUUCUGUUCCAUUGUUUUGGGAGCAAACGGGGCUUCAGGUUGGUUCCCGCCAUUUAAGGCUCAACAGAGGUCUGGAAGCCAAUGCACCUGCCUUUGACAGGCAUAUGAUGCUUCUGAAAGAGCAGUAUGGAAAACAAGUGAUCGUUAACCUAUUGGGAAGCAGAGGAGGAGAGGAGGUGCUCAACAGAGCUUUUAAGAAACUGCUAUGGGCCUCUUCCCAUGCGGAAGACAGUCCCAUGAUAAACUUUGACUACCACCAAUUUGCAAAAGGUGGGAAAGCUGAGAAAUUGGAAAAUUUGCUGAGGCCUCAGCUGAAGUUGCACUGGGAAGACUUUGGAAUCUUCACAAAGGGCGAGCAUGUAAGUCCACGCCUGCAGACAGGUACUUUUCGAAUGAAUUGUUUGGACUGCCUGGAUCGUUCUAAUAGUGUACAGUCCUUCGUUGCACAGGAGAUACUGUUUGCUCAAUUAGAGAGCCUUGAUUUGAACUCUAAACCUAUAAUUGAGCGCUUUGUGGAAUCCUACAAGGAGAUGUGGACUCUCAAUGGUCAAAAUCUGAGCAGAGUAUUUAGUGGCAGUCGUGCCCUUGAGGGGAAGAACAAGGUUGGGAAGCUCAAGGAUGGUGCCCGCUCUGUGUCUCGUACCAUCCAGUCAAAUUUCUUUGAUACAGUGAAGCAGGAAGCCAUCGAGUUGCUGCUCAUGGGUGACUUCUACCAUGAGGAAUAUGCAGACAAAGGCAAGAUGCUCAUGGACCAGACUGCACUGCUGGUAACUCCAAGUAUUUUGAAGGCCAUGUCAGAGCGUCAGUUUGAAUUCACGAGCUCCAAGCGUGUUCGUGUUGCCACAGGGACCUGGAAUGUGAAUGGGGGAAAGCAGUUUCGAAGCAACAUCCUUGGUACCAGUGAGCUGACAGACUGGCUGCUGGAUUCUCCCAAGCUCUCAGGAGUUUCAGAAUUUCAAGAUGAUGAUAACUGCCCUCCUGACAUAUUUGCAGUGGGAUUUGAAGAGAUGGUUGAAUUAAGUGCAGGGAACAUUGUGAAUGCCAGUACAACGAAUAGAAAAAUGUGGGGAGAGCAACUUCAAAAAGCUAUUUCCAGGACUCAUCGCUACAUUCAGCUGACAUCAGCACAGCUUGUUGGUGUUUGUCUUUUCAUCUUUGUACGACCAUAUCAUGUCCCCUUCAUCAGGGAUGUAGCAAUAGACACUGUGAAGACAGGAAUGGGAGGAAAAGCUGGGAAUAAAGGGGCAGUGAGCAUCCGUUUUCAGUUCUAUAGUACCAGUUUCUGCUUUAUAUGCAGUCACCUCACUGCUGGGCAGACUCAGGUGAAAGAGAGGAAUGAAGAUUAUAAAGAAAUCACACAGAAACUCAGCUUCCCAAUGGGGCAGAACAUGUUCUCCCAUGACUAUGUCUUCUGGUGUGGUGAUUUUAACUAUCGCAUUGAUCUAACGUAUGAAGAAGUCUUUUACUUUCUCAAACGUCAAGACUGGAAGACACUUUUGGAAUUUGAUCAACUACAGCAGCAAAAAUCCAGUGGAAAAAUUUUUAAAGACUUCCAUGAAGGGACUAUUAAUUUUGGACCAACAUAUAAAUAUGACGUUGGCUCGGAGGCUUAUGAUACAAGUGAUAAGUGCAGAACCCCAGCAUGGACUGACAGAGUGCUUUGGUGGAGAAAGAAACUGCCCUUUGAAAAAACAGCUGGAGAGAUCAAUCUUCUGGACAGUGAUCUGAGUGCUGAUACUAAAGUCAGGCACACUUGGACCCCUGGAGCCUUGAUGUACUAUGGGAGAGCAGAGCUGCAAGCAUCUGACCACAGGCCAGUGUUAGCUAUUGUAGAAGUGGAAGUUCAGGAAGUUAAUGAAGCUGCCCGUGACAGUGUUUUCCGAGAAGUGUCAUCUUUCCAGGGACCACUGGAUGCCACAGUAGUGGUGAAUCUGCUAUCACCAACACCUGAAGAGAAAAAUGAAUUUCCUGAAGACUUGCGUACAGAGCUUAUGCAGAUGUUUGAGGAUUAUGGCACUGUUGUUCUGGUCAGGAUCUGUGGAGGUCAAAUGCUGGUGACAUUUGCAGACAGCAAGUCUGCUCUUCGUGUUAUGGAUAUAGAUGGUGCCAAAGUUAGAGGCAGAACAGUGAAGAUCCAGCCCAAGACUAAGGACUGGCUAAAGGGCCUUCAAGAGGAAAUUGCACGGAAACGAGACAGUGUUGUCCCCAUGUCCCCCACAGCAAACUCCCACCUUCUGGAAGAAAAUUUUGACUUCUCAAGUUUGGACUAUGAGUCAGAAGGUGAUAUAGAGGAUGAAGAUGAUUAUUUAGAGGAUGCUCUGUGUCAACACCUAGCAGCAGACACAGCAGAAGAUAUGUCGGAGUGCCCUGGACACUGUGCAUCCAUAGCUCUUUCAAACAAAUCUGGACAAACCCCUCGCCUGUAUAAAGAUGAUGCAGACCUCGCUGAUUUGAAGCGGGAGCUGGAGGCAAGUGGGGAACGCAGCCGCCGCAUUCCAAGCAGGUCUCUGUCCAUUCCUACCCGGCCUCGGCCACUCCAGCCACCACAGAGGCCUCCCCCUCCUGCUGGAACAUCAGGCAAAAAGUCCCCCUCAGAUGGUUCCCUCUCUCCAGGAAGCCAUUCCACCUGCUCCAUCCUGGCAACAGCAAAGCUGCUUCCCGGAGCCCCUCAGCAGCCACCCAAGGUCCGGACUGGAAUAAGCAAACCUUACAACGUCAAGCAGAUCAAAACCACCACAGCUGAGGAAGCAGAAGAAGCUAUUAGAUGUCUUAUGGAGGCCAAAGGAGGAGUACAGGAAGAUGCAGUAAAGCCUGUUCCAACCAGAAACCAAACUUCCUCCAAACCCGAGGCUCUUCCCAGCAUCACAAAGUCAGCAUCAUUUCAAGGGGUGCAGGCAGGAGCAGUGCCUGUGCCUCAUCGUCCCCCACCCAAAGUUCCAACUCCAAAGAAGCCAGUGCCCCUGCAAAGGACCAGAGUCAAGGGGGAAAAUGCCAUGUCUCCAGAAGACCAAUUAGACCAACAGACAGCACAGUCUCCUUUUGGCUUGCUAGAGCCCCAUCUAGAAGCUGGAGCUAUCCUUAGACCAACCAAGAUCACUCCAAUCCCUAAACCCAGAACACAAGCUGGGAAGCCUCAAGAGAGCAGAGGAAGCAGUGAAAGGCAGCCCCUGUCAGCAAGCACAGCUGAGGCCAUUGUACUGCCUCCCCAGAACGCUCCCUUUGCCCCAAAGGUGCCACCACGAAGAAAGAAGUCGGCUCCUGCAGCUUUUCACCUCCACGUUCUCCAGAGCAGUGACAGCCCCCUUUUUAGUGGGUCACUGUUCAACUCCAACAACAACAACCCUGGCUCCUGCCCCCAGACUCAUGGCCCUGCUCACUCGGGUCUCACAGCCUCUGCCGGCCCAGCAAACAGCACAGCUCAGCCCUUGGCACCAAGUGCUGCAGAACUGAUGGUGAAGCUCCAGGGCCCUUCUGCACCAGCAGGCCAGCAUCCACAACGACUGGAUAGCAGCUCCCUUCCAGAGAACACCAAUCUUCUGGACCUGGACAUUCAUUCUUCCUUCCCUCUUUCCACACAGGCACCGUCAGCUACUUCUCCAGCACACACUUCAGAAAAUUUAAAUCGCCCCAAUCUGAAAGAUUUCAGUCACUGGGUUACAUUUAGUGAUGAUGAAGACAGCAGUGCAGUGGCAGAAGGGUUCAACAAACUGCUCGUCUUGGAACAAAACAAAAAUACCUUAAUGAAAAAAAAUACCGAUUUAGAGUUGUAAAAUUUUACCCUCUUAGUGUUCCAAAAGAAAUCAUAAAUAUGAUGCAAAAUUUUUAAAAAAUAUCUUUUUUAUAUUUAAUGAAAUAUAUCAUCUGUCCAUGCUACAUUUCAUUUUCACGUUCAAAGAUAUGGCCCCUAGAGCAAAGUAUAUAAAGUACAUACAACUUAACAUUACCUACAGCUCAUUUGAAAACUUCCUUAUUCUAAGUUAUUUCUUUUUAUUAAUCCAUCUUAAGAUGUUUUAUUUUAUUUCAGGUAAAUCAUAUGUAAGAACACGUAAUGAUGUAUGGAAAAGAAGACAUUAAAAAAACCAUUUUCCUUUGGAAUAUAUAUUUCAAUCAAUUUCUGUUGUUUGAAAUAAAGCAUCCUUACUUCGAAGAGUUCGUCAGCCAGUUAUUCUGGAACAGACAUCCCAAGGGGGAAUGUACACCAGUAUAACAACAGCAGUAACACUGGUAUUGCUCUGCUGCAAGUUUCCAAAACUCACGCUGGUUUUUGUUCCCAAGCCCAUGUCCAACAGCACAGUUUGAGAAGGGACUGUAGUUUUCCAAUGCUGUUUCACUACAAAGAGAUGCCAUAGGCUGCUUGUGCAUUGUCUGUGCAGAUCCUGAGGAAAUAUGGGGAAUGGCUGAGACCAGCUGAUGCCACAGGUAUUGUCUUAUGUUAAAGGCAGUUUGGCAAUUCAGUAGUUGUGUCCCUGUUCUCACUCUCUUUUCAUGAGCAAAUGCCAUGCCAGUCUUCUAUAUCCACAGCACAGAUGAGGAGUGAGCUGGUCCUUUUUGCCUUGCCUGUGGGGUAGAACUGCGCACGAUAGCUGCCAUUUGUGCAAAGCAGGCAGUUAAUAACCAGAUUGCAACUUGUCAUGGUAACUUGUUAAGAGAAGUAUCAAGAUCUUUCAUUAUCAAAGGAAAGAGAACAUUUUUAAGCAGGUGGUGAAGCUGAAAAAACAACUAAUUUAAAAAAAAAAAUCAAGAUGUAUUUAAAAAGUUAAGAAAGUCUUUUUCCUUUUUCCACAGAAAAAUUAAUUAGCUUGUUCUGAACUUCCUGAACACUGGGAAUGCAGCCAUUUUCUUCCCCACAAUGCCUACCUAUUUCUCUGCCACUGCCAGAUUUUGAACACACGAGAUCCUGUAAGAGAGGAUGCUGCCUUUGAGCACCUGUCAUCCUCCUCUGCUCUCUCGCUUGCCAGACACUUCAGAAAAAUCCCCAGAACCUUCAAAGGCCAAGCCCAUAAAGCCCAGUGCUAAGCUUCUCAUGUGAGUGUCAGCUUAACGUGGUUGCAGGCUGGUGAAUAAUAUAAGAUACUCAUUUCCCUACAAGAUGACACAAAGCCUUUGCCUCUUGGUCCUCCUCUUAAAAAAUACAGUGAAUAUUUAUGGGCACAUCUCAGUAUAAAACAUUAGCAGUAAAAAAGAAAGAGUACGGUAUAUGAUCACAUCCAACAUUUUCUGCAAAGAUAAUUAACAGCUCUAGGACAGCUAAUUUACAUGUUAAUGAAAGUGUUAGCAGGAAAGCCAAUUAAACUGGAUUUAUACAAGUCAAAUAAAAUCUGCUUUAUUGCUCUCCUUGAAUAAGAGACGGAUGUGGCCUUUAGCAUUCUAUCUUAUGUCUGUGUCUGUGGCAAGCUGCCCACUGAAGGAUGAAUCC